UCCAAUUUCUGGGUUUAAGGAACUCAAUUCCAAUCCAAUGAUAAUGGCGCAGCUGAGUAAAAAGGCAAUGUUGCUCCGCUCCAUCGGCAGCUACCUGGCCGUCUCCCGCCACUUUUCGGCGCAGGCCGCACGAAAAGGCACUCCCGCUGCCUCUGCCGCCGCCGCCACCUCCACCGGAGGUCGAGACACACUGUGUCGGAGGCUUCUGAGCCUUGUCUUCCCCAAACGCAGCGCCGUCAUCGCCAUCAACAAAUGGGUGGAACAGGGUCACCCGCUCCCCCGCAAGUACGAGCUCAAUCGCAUCGUUCGUGAGCUCCGCAAGACGAAGUCUUACAAACACGCACUAGAGGUCUGCGAAUGGAUGACUUUGCAGGAACAUAUCAAGCUAGUGCCAGGAGACUAUGCUGUCCACUUGGACUUGAUAACUAAAGUUCGGGGUUUAAGUAGUGCAGAAAAAUUCUUUGAGGAUCUUCCUGACAAAAUGAGAGGCCAGCAAACCUGCACCGCGCUUCUCCACACUUAUGUCCAGAAUAAUUUGGUUGACAAAGCUGAGGCCCUCAUGAUGAAAAUGUCAGAGAGUGGUUUCUUAGGAUGUCCUCUUCCUUAUAAUCACAUGAUAUCUCUGCACAUUUCGAAUGGGAAGCUAGAAAAAGUUCCUAAACUUAUUGAUGAACUAAAGAUGAACACCUCUCCAGAUGUUGUUACCUACAAUUUAUGGUUAACUUUCUGUGCUACGCAGAAUGAUAUUGAAACUGCAGAAAGAUUACUACUUGAGUUAAAGAAGGCAAAAUUGGAACCAGACUGGGUAACUUAUAGUACACUGACCAAUUUGUACAUAAAAAAUGCUUGCAUUGAGAAAGCUGGUUCUACUUUGAAAGAGAUGGAGCGUCUAACCUCGCGGAACACUCGAGUUGCUUAUUCCUCUCUCCUUAGUUUGCAUACAAACAUGGGGAAUAAGGAUGAAGUCAAUUGGAUAUGGAAGAAAAUGCAGGCUUCCUUUCGCAAAAUGAGUGAUAAGGAAUACAUUUGCAUGAUAUCAUCACUGGUGAAGCUUGGAGACUUUGCUGGAGCUGAGAACCUCUAUAAGGAGUGGGAGUCUGUUUCCGGGACCAAAGAUGUCAGAGUUUCAAAUAUUCUUCUUGCUUCAUACAUCAAUCAAGGUCAGGCGGAAGUAGCUGAAGAUUUUUGUAAUCAGAUAGCGGAAAAGGGCAUCACUCCUAGUUACACUACAUGGGAGCUGCUUACAUGGGGGUAUUUGGGGAAAAAAGAUGUGGUAAAAUUUCUGGAUUAUUUUAAGAAAGCUAUUUCUAGUGUGAAAAAAUGGAGUCCCGAUCAAAAGUUAGUAGAAGAAGCAUUCAAAAUCAUUGAGGAGCAAGCUCAUAUUGAAGGAGCAGAACAGUUGUUGGUUAUACUUCGGGAUGCCAGCUAUGUGAAUACAAGUAUAUACAACCUACUUCUCAAAACUUAUGCAGCAGCUGGUAAAAUGCCUCUCGUUGUUGCUGAGAGGAUGAAAAAGGACAACGUUCAGUUGGAUGAAGAGACUCACAGGCUCUUGGAUCUAACCAGUAAAAUGUGUGUGAGUGAUGUUUCAGGUAUUCUGUCCUAAGCGCCCAAUGAAGAAGCAGUCUUAAGAUUAAGUGGGAGUCUCGAACAUUUAUUGGCUGCAAUUUCUUGUAGUCUUCCUCUCAUUGGUGAAUAUAACUAUCUUGUUGUUCAUCUUUGUGGAUGUAAAAUUUGGUAAUGAUACCAAAUUUGAAAUCAGAAAUCAGACCUGGAUUUUGGAGGCA